AUAUAAGAAAUAAGAAAUAGUUUUAAUGAAUUUGUUUUCUACAAAAUUUAUUGUUGAUGUAUUUCGAAUAAAUUUUUAAUCUACAUUGUUAUGUCUGUAUGAUCCCACAUCUGAUAUUUUGACUUGCGGUUGAGGAUCUGAGAACAAUGCGAGUCGUGCAUUUGAAGCUUUUCUGGUCGUUUUGGUUGUUACAUGUGUCUGUAUAUGUAGUGUUACUGGUAGGGAUAAGUGAAUGUUUAUUUGCGGAUUUCACAUUCGUUCGGGUAAAAAGUAAAACGAACAUUUUUAACUGUUGUUUUCUGCUUGUGAUUUUAGUUUUAGUAUGAUUUGCGCCGAAUCUGACCGCAAUUUGGUGUAGGAUUCAGUUGCAAUUGUGAAAUUGAGGUUUCAUUUUAGCCGAAUCUGCUUUGCGCUGUACUAUUUUAGUGUUUCCAAAGAAACUCCUUUGAAGUGAGAAGAAAUGACGGGUUUGCUGAUUAUUCAACCUCAUGAUCUCAAAUUCACAUUUGAGUUGCUGAAGCAAAGUUCCUGUUCUGUUACUCUAACCAACACCACAGCUCAAUGUGUAGCAUUUAAGGUGAAAACAACGUCACCUAAAAAAUACUGUGUCACACCUAAUAUAGGCAUCAUCAAGCCAAACUCAACAAUUAAUUUCAGAGUUACUAUGCAAGCUCAGAGGACUGCUCCAGUUGAUAUGCAAUGCAAGGAUAAAUUUUUAAUUCAGAGCACUAUUGUGCCCCACGAGAAGAUGGAAGACAAAAGUAUUUCUGAAAUGUUCACGAAGGAUAAAGGAAAGUACAUCCAAGAGAACAAGCUAAGGGUCAUUCUUAUCAGCCCUCCACAGUCUCCAGUUUUGCAGCCAGUUAAUGGAGUUCUUAAGGAAGAUUCUCCUGACAACUCUCCAACUUUGAAAGAAAAGUUGCAGAUUGGAGUUGAAAAUCUUCCUCCAUCUCACGAGUGGCAGCAUACUGAGAAGAGAGAGGAUACUGAAGUUGGUGCUCGGAAGGAGCCAAGGUUUGGAAAGAUUAUGGAGGUUGAUUUGGCUCAUCCUAAGCCUAAGCUUAACCGAGAUGAGGUUGCAGAACCAAUUUCUGUGGAGGUAAAGGAAACAACAGAGGUGACCUUUUCCAAAAGCUUUGAGGAAAUGAAGGCGAAGCUGGGUGUUGAAUCAGUAUCUGGGGCGGGGGAUAUGCAAACAACAGGAGUGGCAUUUUCCAAAAACUUUGAGGAGUUGACGACAAAGCUAACUGUCAAUCCAGGUUAUGCAGAGGAAUUUUCUGCUGUACAAACGGACUCUGAGGAGUCGAAGCCAAAGUUAGGUGUAGAGCCAAGACCAGUGGAGUAUGUUGGAACAGCACAAGUGUUGUUUCCCAAAGACAGUGAGAAGUUGAAGGAAAAAUUUGUGGCGGGUUUAAGAUCCAUGGAAGAUGUAGAUACAACAGAACAUGUAUCUUCCAAAGACAUUGAGGAGUUGAAGGAAAAGCUAGGUGUUUUGAACAUAAAGCUGAUUAAGGCGGAAGAAACAGUUUCAAAGUUAAACCAAGAGAAGGAAGCAAUUACUAAAGAGAAGGAAACACUGAUGCAGGAAAGGGUUCUUUUGAGGAGGAAGACUGGUUCGAGGAAAGUUCAAGUGGGAUUCCCUCCUCUAUUUGUUUGCAUGGUGGCACUUGUUGGUUUAACAGUGGGAUUCCUCUUACGGUCUUAGUGCCAAUGGGUAUCAUGUGUUCUUCCUUGAGUUUCCGAAUAGUCAAAUGCCCCUAACAGCAAAAUGCUCUCCAAAUCCAACAUUGAAUGAAGAUAUCUUUGUUAUGUUCAACAGAAAGAGAAGAUUGUUAUUAUAUCUUAACAAUAGGGUUUACUUUUCUUUAUAUUAAUAUACAUAGUAUUUAAAUUAUCCGCAGUUCUUUCAUUUUGUCGUUCAUAUUUUAUGAUAUUGGUCAUAGCAUAAAUAUCUAUAAAGAAAUUAUCAGAAUAAGUUAAUCCUUCAAUCUAAAGCAUGUUUGGUGAGUGUCCAAGAUGUCUGAAUUGUCAUUUCCUUUAUUUGAAAUUGUAACUUAUGUUACUUGAGAAGAGAAGCUUUAAAUCUUCAUCAUAUCACAGUUAAUUAAAUCCCAAGAUCUUUGAGAUGG